GGAUUUCUUCUCUUUCCUCUUUCGUCCCUAGUUAUUCCAGCGUCGCCAGCUCAUUUGCUUCAUCUUACAGGACACGGUAGACUUCGCUUUUCUUCUUUAGUAAAGCUUGCGCCUGCAAGAUAUCUUUGGUCGCUGCUCUAUUUGGUUCUGAGACCAUGGCUACUACCACACAUGAGCCUGUUCCAGUGUGGCUCGAUUGUGACCCGGGACAUGAUGACGUCUUUGCCAUUCUCCUCGCAGCCUACCAUCCUGGCAUCAGGCUCCUUGGAAUCUCGACGGUCUUUGGCAAUGCUCCUCUAGAAAAGACAACCUGGAACGCAACAAGCGUCCUCACAGCCAUCUCCAAGCACAACCAGGUCCCCGUCUACCCAGGUGCCUCUUCCCCGUCCCAGAGACCCCUCCUGGCCACCAACGCCGAGGACAUCCAUGGCGAAUCCGGCCUCGACGGCACCAGCCUGCUGCCGGAGCCCCUCGUGCCCGCACGCACCGACCAGUCCGCCAUCGAGGCCGCCGCCGCGGCGCUGCGGUCUUGUGAGCCCGGCACCGCGUGGGUGGUGGCUACGGGGAGCAUGACGAAUGCUGCUGCGCUUUUUCAAACGUAUCCUGACCUGGUGCGACAUGUGAAGGGGCUGAGUAUCAUGGGAGGUGCGAUUGGGGACGGACAUACAAGCGCGGUGUAUGGCAUUGUGGAUGGCAAGGCAAGAGUUGGGAACUGGACGCCCUGGGCAGAAUUCAACAUCAUCAUCGACCCCGAAGCGGCAGCCUUCAUCUUCGACAACAAGGCCCUCGCCGCCAAGACGACCAUCUUCCCCCUGGACGUAACCCACCUCGUCCUGGCCCGACAGGACGUCCAGGAGCUCCUCCUCUACGGGCCGGACAAGAAAGGCAAGACGACGCUGAGAACGAUGCUCGUCGAGCUGCUGAUGUUCUUUGCCAAGACGUACAAGGACAUGUUCGGCAUCAUCGAGGGCCCACCCCUCCACGACCCUCUGGCCGUCGCCGCCGUCCUCACCGGAACACCAUGGGAGAUCCCCUUCGACCCCGCCUCCUCCUCCUUCGCCUCCUCCUCCUCCACACCCCCCAACCCGCACGAGCGCUUCGACGUCAAGGUCGUCACCGAGGGCACGCACGAGGAAGCGCAGCGCACGGGCUCGAGCUCGCAGCUGGGCCGGACGAUCGCCACGCCACUGCCUGCCGGCCAGGACGGAGUCAAGAUCCCGAGGGGCCUGGAUAUUCCCAUGUUCUGGAGGGUGCUGGAGGAGUGUGUCCAGCGGGCGGACCAGGCGAAUGAGGAGGCGGCGGCGGCUGCUGCUGCUGCAGCAGCUGCUGAUGCCAGGAAGUGA